GCAUAUUCAAAUCUCAUACUCACAAAGAAAGACAGUGUUUGAGAUUGGGCAUGAAGGGGGAAAGUAUGAGGAAGAAAAUGGAAGAACUGAGAUUGGUUUGUGACACUGAGAUUCCCAUUCAACACCAUAAAAUUGAUGCUGCCGCUCUCUCCUUCAAGAAAUCCCUACAUUCAACUAAGGCCAAAACACAACAAACUCUUCAAUUCCAGGCAAAACUUGGGAAGUUAAAAGUUGAGCUGAGGGAAUUGGAAGACAAAUUGGUGAAAGCACUUGCAGCGAAGACCAGAAAAGAGGCAAAGCAGAUAGCAGUAGCAGAUUCAAUAUCUGCUACGAAAGAUAGAGUAGAAGAACUUAGAGGGGUUGUGGAAAGCCAAAGGACCAAGAAAGAUGAAUAUGCAGCCAUAAUAUCUCAACAAACUGAUGAACUCAAAGCAUGUGAAGAAAAGCAUAAUAAGACUGCUGAACAAAGAGAGGAAAUAGAAGAGGCUAUUGCGUGGUACAAUAAGGUGCUUGGUUUACGUAUUGAAUGCGGCCGUGGAGUGAAAUUCAUAUUGACCAACAUUGAUGCCAAUAAUCAGGAUAAGGAGUACUUUUUUACCGUACGUCAUGAGAAUGAUGUAUAUACUUUAAUUGAUUGUGAUCCACAACUAAAUGAUGCAAAAGAGCUGCUCAGAGAGUUAAAUAAGAGCAAUGGACUUUUCAAGUUCGUCAGGACUAUGAGAGAAAAGUUUCAAGCAGCCGUAACACAUGAAAGAUUUCCCGACACAGCAUCUCGUGAUCAAGUCACUUCCGCGAUCGCAAUGUCAGCCCCGGUUUCUUCCAUCUCAACUGAAAGUAGAAGUGAAUUUUCAUCCCAGCAACAGGAGCAUCAAUUUGAUGAACAUAACAGAAAUUCCAGGAAACUUGACCGAGCCAAAGGUGGUAGGGCACCAGAAAGAUUUCCCGACACAGCAUCUCGUGAUCAAGUCACUUCUACGAUUGCUAUGUCAGCCCCGGUUUCUUCCAUCUCAACUGAAAGUAGAAGUGAGUUUUCAUCCCAGCAACAGGAACUUCAAUUUGAUGAACAUAACAGAAAUUCCAGGAAACUUGACCGUGCCAAAGGGGGUAGGGCAGCAGUCUUAUCUCCUGGAUCUGCUUCAUCUCUACGGCGUUCUCCUCGUUUUAAGGAAAUAUCUGGUGUGCAAUAUCUUCGUUUCAACAAUCAUUGCAUAUAUUGAAUGAGGAUUAAAUUUGAGCAAGCACCGCACAAUGCAUUUCUAAUGUGCAAAACUCACUUUUUGGCAGGUCAAAAGAUGACUGAUUGC